AUGUUGCGCGGAUACUUCAGAAAGCGCACGUAUCCAGCUCGAUACUGCCCCAAUACUCGGAUACUGCCCCGAUACAGCCCGAUACGUAUCCCCCUACCCCCCUCCUCCUCGUUUUCCGCACCCCUAACCCCGCAGCCACCACCUCCUCCCACCUCGGGGGCCGCGCCGCCGCCUUCCCCCUCCAAAUCCGGCGCCCUCCAGCCCACCUCCGCCACAUGGCACGUCCUGAGCGGUCAGCCGCCGCCCGACCUGUUCCCCGCGCUCCCCCUCAGCGCCGCAGGGCCCGCCCGGCCCGAGGCCGCGCCGCUGAAGCCCGCGAGGGCCCGAGCGCCCCACGCCUCCCGCUCCCGAUCUGGAUCGAGGGGAGGAGCCCCUCGACCCCGAGCCCUCGUCGCCCCAGCACCUCCUCGUCCUGCCGGAGCAGCGCGCCGCCGCCGCCGAAGCUUCGCCAGGCCGGAGCCCUGCCUCCUCAUCUCUCCCUUCUCCUCCUCCACUUCUCCUGCGCCCCCGCUGACCCCUUCUCUUCCGCAGGAGCUCUGCCAUGGCCGCGCCCGAGCUCGGGUCCGCCUCCGCCCGGAAGACUCGUCCCCGCCGCCGUUCGUCGCCGGGAAUGGACCCGCCGCUGCCAGAUCCGGCCUCUGCCGGCCCCGCCCUUGCCGGAUCCGCCCCGCCGCCGCCCUCGAGCCUGCUCGCCGCCGGCGCCAUCUGCGCCGCCACCCUGCCUCGUCCCUGUUCAGGAACGAGGAGCUCGUCGCCUCGCCCGCUCGUGCACGCGUGUGUGCAUGGGCCUCAAGCCGUCCCAGCCCAGCUCCCUCCAGCACGCCGCCGGCCUCGUGGCCCGACCUCCCCACAUGGGCCUCGGCCCCUCCCCUUCGCAGCCCAGCGCGCCAGCCUCCUCCCCAAGCCCAGUCGGCCUCCCUCUGUUUCCAAUCGGGCUUGGCCCAUGUUCCGGUAACAUUGCGUUCGUGAGGAUUCGUUCGACUAUGUUGGUUUGUCUACUUCA